AAUGUCCAAUUUUUAAAACUUAAACAACAACUCAGGAGAUUUAAAUGAAUACCAAAGUGAUGAUGAAUUUGAUUUUGAAAAUUUAGAAAUACCUUAAUUAGUAAGAAGAAAUGGUGCAGUUCAAUCAGAAAAUGUUCAAGGGUUCUUAAUACUUGAUAAAAUGUCUGAUAAAAUGUAUAAAGAAGCUGCUUGUCCAAUUUGUUUAUGUGAAGAUGAAGAAUUAUACCCAUUGUUUUGCGGUCAUACUUUUUGUUAGGACGACAUCAAUAAUUUACUAUCUGAUUCCGAGUUAAAGCAGAAUAUAGUUUGUUGCCCAAUAUGCAGAUAAUACUAAUUUAUCGAGUCAUUUAAAUAAUUAUAAGAACUAAAAAUUACUCAGAUCAAUACCGUUUAAAAAGAUAACAAUUUAACCUGUUGAAA